AUGAAAAACUUUAAAUUUUCAACAAUCGAUCAGAGUAAUGACAUCGAUAAAACAUAGAUUUCAUCUGAAUAAUUCUCUGAUACUUCAGAAGCAAAGUUAAGUAUAGAAGAAAUGAUGAAGAUGAUUGAUAUGGAAUAACUGAAGGAAUUCAAUCCAAAGCUUUACAAUUAGAUCUAAGAAGAUCCCAGUCAGCUGCUACUCUUAUAAGAUGUAUUGAUAAAUAAUGAUUAUUAAGCAAAGGCUGAAAUUGCUUCUCAGGCUAUGUAAACUGCUGCAGAGAAUUUAUAAUAUAAACCACCCAAAGUUUACUCUAUGCCAUUUAUUUGGGCCUAUUUUACUCCUGUUUUUACAUUUACUGCAGCAUGGUUAAUCAAGCUUCAAGCAGCUACAAACAUCCCAUGGUUACCAUUUUUUAUUGUGUGUGGAUUUGGAGUCAGAUUAAUGUUAGCACCACUUAUGAUAAGGUAGAUGGUUCUAAUAAACAAAAUGGGGUAAGCAUCACCUAAUAUAAGACUUGUAAUGAAACUUUUUAAGUAUGCGAAAAUGCCCUUGCCUUCUCGAGUUAAAAAUGUGGCAUCAGCUAUCUAUGAUUAUGCAAAAUAAACUAAAACAAACCUAGUUGCUUUCUACUUCUAUAACUUGAUUCAAAUUCCAGUGUUUAUUACAAUGGUUUUGAGUAUAAGAAAAAUAGCUUAUGAAAAUGAAGAACUGUUUGGAGCAGGAGUAUUUUGGUUUAAGAACUUAAAUGAACCAGAUCCAUACUUGAUUCUUCCUAUUAUUGCAACAAUACUCAACUAUAUCAAUCUUGGUAGAGGAAUAACGAAAGAUAAUGAGCAUUGGUUUAUUAACAGAUUUAGAUCAUUCUUUCAAGUUUUACAAUUCUUUCAUUUACCAUUCACCCAUCAAUGGCCAGCUGGUGCUUUUGUUUACUGGAUUUCUUCUUCAACAUUUGUUCUUAUGUAAACCACACUUCUAAAGAGACCUUGGUUCCUGAAUAAAAUCAAUCCGAACUUCUUCUACGACUAUCAGAAGUUAUAUGGAGAAAGAUCCCCCAAAGAUCAUGAAAAUUAUGUUGAAAGACUUUUAAAUUCAGAGGACCAUAGACUUAAGCAAUACACAAAUGAUAGAUAUGUAAAAGAGGAAUUAGAAUAUGAAAUGAAAAGAUUUUUGGCAUUCCAGAGAAUGAGAAAGGUUAAAGGUAAGACAUAGGAUCUAGCAACAAGCAGUUUAACAUGGUUUAAGAGUGGUGAAAACAAAACUACACAAAAUUGA